UCAUAGUUAUACACAUUUAUAGGAAGCAAGCAAUCUAAUCCACAUAACUCUUUAUGUACAUGUGUUAUAUUUUCCUUUGUAUGUAUAUCUUCCCCAAAAGAAUGUGCCAAUUAGCUUAAUUACAUUUACACGAAACUUCUUCGAAAUUAUUAUCCGUAGUGACGAACAAAUGCUUCUGGGUGGAAGCUCGAUCACAAAUUAUGACAACUACACAAAAAGGGAAGAUAGCUGGGUGAUCAUGGAAGGAAAUCAUGAUGAUCAUGAUGAUAUGUACGACACAACAUUCUCGACGUCGAUUUCGAAUAGAUCAUCGACAUCUUCAUCGGACUUAGUAGAUGAUGCAUCUUCACCAUCAACAUCAUCAUCAUGUUCUUCUUCCUUUCAUUCUCAUGGAUCGUUGCUCGACUUGUCAGAUCUCAUGGCUCAGCUACCCAUCAAGAGAGGACUUUCAAAGUAUUUUGAAGGCAAGUGCCAAUCCUUUACACGUUUAUCAAAGGUAAAGAGCAUUGAAGAUCUUGCAAAGAAAAAGUCUCCAUAUAAUCAAAGAAAGGCACUAAAAGGAAGCAAGAGCUAUGGCGGUGGCUUGGGUUCUUACAGAUCGUACACACUUCCGAAGGCCACCAUUUCUAAGAGUAAGAAGGCAUCAACUACUUCAUCUUUUUCGAGCAGAUCAAGAGGCAGCACUUUUGGCAUAAAUAACAUCACGCUCCCUCCAACUCCAGUAAGAAAGUAGUUGUAACGUACGUACGUACGUGUGCCGGUGUGCAUGUAAACUACACAAUGUAUAUACUUGUUAAUUUUUUUUUAUUUUUUUAAUGGAAGUAGACUUUGUUAGUAUUUUGAACCUCUCCUGUUUGUUAGUCUUGCUACUAUCUUUUACACUGAGGAAUCAGAUAUUAUAUUUGUUCUUCA